AUGGAUGAAUAUUCGCGGCCUGAGACAUCCCCUUACGAAGUUCCCAGCGUUGCGUUGUAUUUUGCGAAUGGCUGCACACUCUACAUCUCACCUCGUCUGCUUGCCCAGAGUCCCAAAUUGGAGCGUUAUCUGCUCAAUCCAUCUCCGCUCCUGGAUAUUUCCAAAGAUGCAGGUCAUGUCCUUGUUCAUUACCUCACUACCGGCAGCUAUCAGUCCCUCAAAUCCAUUAACUUGUCGCCCCAAGAGGAAGUAGUAGCCGAUUUUUUAACAGGCAUCCAUGUUUACACUGCUGCCAAGACUUUCGUACUACCCAAUUUAGUGGAACUCGCAAAAGCUGAAAUCGAGCGACUAGGCGGGAGACUCCAGCUUUCCCUGGUGUUUGAUUUGUUACGAGAUGCCUAUCCAGAUCCAGAAACCAAUGACGUGUGGAUUGGCAACUAUCUGAAGAAUCGUCUGAAAUGUUUUCUUACGGAUGGAAUUAUAGAGCCAUUGGCUAGUGAGGCAGAUGUUCGGUACAAGACCGCGUCAAUCAGCGAUAUCCUCUUCAAGACCAUACUUGAAUUGUUUCAAGAAAACAAGGCCUCAAUGCGCAACGAAUAUAUUGACAUACUUGCAAAAACUGCUCUGGCGGCUGCAAACUCUGAACCAGAACCUAUCGACUUGGUCGACAAGCCGGUUGUCAAAUCUAACAUGAAAACCGGAGAAACUGGCGGGGAUCUGAAUGGAUCUGAUGAUAAUGAAUGGGGUUUCCACCCUAAGAAUAAGAAGAAAGGUAAAACGACAAAUGCUGUACAUGGAUUCCUAGAGGAAGAGGAGUCAGAGGAUAUAUCCACUCAAGACAUUGCGGCGAAUCUGGAUAAGAAGAUCGAAAAGAGCUUUGACAGCGUGGAACAACCAGAAGGAAAAGGAGCUGAAGAACGGGCUGCCUAUAUGGCCGUAAAGGCUGCGGAGGCUGCCGCAAUUGCUGAAGAAGAGGCAGAAAUCGCUCAAUUAAUUGAUAAGAGGGAUAAUUUCUUUUUGGGCCUGAGCACAAAAGCAGAAGAAAGGUUACAUCACCUCCAGGCAAAGGCCAAAAAACGGGCUGAAGAACAAGCAGUUUGCGAAGUUGAGCUGACAGUCAGAGAAGUUGAACAAGCUGCCAAAGAAAACAAGUGGAGAGGCAAAAAGGGCAAAAAGGGCAGCAAGAACAAUAACAACAACAAUAAUAACAGUGUGGCUGUAGUUGAUCCUCAACCCAGUCACCUAGGAGAUUACUUUGUGGUCAAAACCCAGCAGGAGAUUAAACAUGACGACGAGAAGGAAAAUAAAGAUGACUCGCGGGCUUCUGGACACAAGUCACCAAAAGGAGAGAAGAAGAAGCAGAAGAAGAACACAGGGACAAAUGAUCCAAUAAUUCAGUCAUCAGCUGGUGAUCCAGCAGUCGGCCCAUGGCAGGAUAUCAAAUGUGACGGCGUCAAAGAGAUUCUAAAUAAGGAGGGCGAAGGAUGGAGUUUCUGGGGCUUGGGCAAACGGGAAAAGGGGGAUGAGAAGGCACUUUUGGAGAUAUCUACUCCACCCUGUAACGCUGAAGAGACGAAGAUGUAA